AUGGCGGAGAAGCCAAAACACCUCGACCCUUCCGAGCUCGGCACUCGUGAAUACUGGGAUAAGCUCUACACGACAGAAAUCGCCAACAAUGCUGCCGACCCCGACGACAUCGGCACCGUGUGGUUUGACGACUCGGGCGCCGAGGAAAAGAUGCUCGCCUUUCUCGACCGCCUCGCCGGCGUCUCCCCCGACCACUCCGACUCCGGCACAUCAGACACUGAUAAUACACCCGACUUCCCCUUGCUCCCCGCCGCGCCCGCUGCCGCUCUCUCCCGAGAAACCACCUCCAUCCUCGAUCUCGGCUGCGGCAACGGCUCCAUCCUCUUCUCCCUCCGCUCACGCGGCUGGUCCGGGCCUCUGUACGGCGUCGACUAUAGCGCGCACUCGAUUUCCCUCGCCUCCCAAAUCGCCGCUUCCCGAGCUCUUCCCGACGUUGCACCCAUCGUUUUCACCGAAUGGGACCUCCUCUCCGGCCCUCCUCUGCCCACCAUUCUUCCCGUCCAGACCGUCGACCUCGUCCUAGACAAGGGCACCUUUGACGCCAUUUCGCUCAGCGACGCGACCGAGCCCAGCAGCGGCCGCCGUGUGUGCGAGGGGUAUAAAGAGCGCGUCUUACCGCUACUGCCCGUUGGUGGCCUGUUCCUGAUAACGAGCUGCAACUGGACGGAAGAGGAGCUGCGAGGGUGGUUUGUGGCUGGUGAGAGCGUCGAGGACGCGACGUUCGAGGAGGCGGGGCGGGUGAAGUAUCGCACGUUCAGCUUUGGAGGUAUUUCGGGCCAGACCAUUAGUACAUUGUGCUUCCGCAAAAUCCUGACUAAACCAUCUUCUUCUACAUAG